CGCGCCAUCUGGCGACUAUCUGGAGAUUUAUUUUCUGUCACGAGAUUUGACAGAUCGAUGACAGUUCUAGAAGAUCACAUGAUACGUGCUCAAAUCAUGUGUAGACAACAUUCUUUCGUUUAUAACCUUUCCCCGAAUGUUUGCGACAAGCGCAAAGAAAAACACUAUUGAUAUUCGCUGAAUUUCGAAGACAUGGAACGGAUUUUAUUAUUUUCCUGCAAUGUCAAAUGCAUGAGUCAUCGUCGGUCACGUUAUUUCAAGUCACGUCCUCGAUGACUUCGUAAGAUUUCAAUGUAAAUCAUAUCCGGAUGUGCGCGCGUCAAAAGCAAAUUUAAAUAAUUUUAAGAAAUAAGGAUUUGUUGUCACCAUCGAAUGAUACAAUUUAAUCCAUUGUUAUAUAAUAUCGGAGCUCGAACACUCAAUUGAUAUCCCCUGGAGGUGAUUUUUAUAUGAUAUGACUCUACUAACAAUAAUCGCGUGCAAAAUGUUAAUUAUCUCGCGUUUAUUAAAUAAUAUUACUCAAAAAUGGUUUCACGUACGGAAGACAACCAGGAAAAGCGUGCAAUCGGCCAAAGAUACAGUUUUUCGCGGCGGUGUCUUUAUUAUUAGUGCUAUUCUCAUAAUUUGGUUAUCCAUAUUUCUUUAUACAGCCUUUUACUAUGCUUAUAUGCCGAGUAUGUCAUAUCUGAAACCUGUAAAUAUGAAUUUCAAAUCAUGCAAUGAAGAAAAAGGAAUAUGCAGCUUUCCACAAGCUCAAGUACAAUUGACUAAGAAGCAGCAGCUUUUAAUGGUUGGUCAACCAUACAAAGUGAAUCUGCAACUAGAAAUGCCAGAGUCACCAGCCAACAAAGAGCUUGGUAUGUUUAUGGUGUGCGCUCAGUUGCGGAGUCGUGAUGGAUACCUUGUGGAUGAAACGUGUAAAUCAGCUAUGUUACAUUAUCGUAGUACACUAUUACACACGCUUACUACCCUUACAUUUUCUCCCAUGAUGAUUUUUGGAAAUACAGAAGAGAAACAAGAUGUUAACCUCGAAUUAUUCAGUAACUUUGAAGAGGAUCAGAAUCAUCCAGUAACAAUUAUUUUUAUUGAAAUCCAAUCAAGACAUAUUGAAUUUUAUUCCGCUAACCUUAUGAUAAAUGCUCACUUAUCAGGACUACGUUACUUGAUGUUUUAUUGGCCAAUUCUAUCAGCCAUUGUUGGCACUAGUACAAUCUUAUUUUUCAUAACACUUGUGUGCACAUUGUCAUAUUUACAUUUUGGAAAUGAAGAAGAAUAUACGGAGGAAGAUAGCGAAUUUUAUGAUCAAAAUGAUAUAGAAGAUGAUUCUGAUCCCAAGACUAAUAAUGAUUACGAGGAGAAAAAAGACGAUGAGGAAGGUGAAAAAGAAAAAUCUAAGGCAGAACCGAGCUACUAUAUUCAAGAACUUUCCACAACUACUACUGGUCUUCAAGCAGCGACUUAAUCGAGUAAUUAAUGUUGAGUUAAUUAAUGUUGACUUAAUCGUUUAGUGAGGAAUAUUAUUGGAAAAGUUAUUAAAAUGAGAAAUAUAUUUUUUAUUUUGUAUAAUA